GUGAUUCAAUUCCCACGCAAAUUGACCCUUUUUCCAUUACCCAUAAAUAUUCUUAACCUUGUUGAAUUAAUGUACAAAUAAAUAAUAAUAAUGAUAAAGAUGGAACAAAUAAAAAAGGAGUAUUUUGGAGGGUUUCUCUCAUAAACUUGCGUGGCUUUUGUCUAUAUAUGUUGCAUGAACUCUUCCACUCCUGGAAGAUUUCUUGUAACUUUGGUUUUUCUUGAAACUUCCUACCAUAACUAACCAGUACUUACACAAGCAUGGCCUGCCAGAAUAUUGUAAGAAAUUCUAACCGGCAAAGGCACCUAUCAUCCUAACUAUCUAUAUAUAUUACCAACCUUUCUCCCUCAAUACAAUAAUAUUUCGAAAUCCCAAACAAAGAAAUCAAACCUUUCUUUUCGAUCAAAACCAUCCACAUUCCAUCUCCUACAAUUUGCUUUUUGUGAAAUUCAAAAGAAAAAUCGUUUUUAUGGGGCUGAGAGACAUUGGAGCUGCACUCCCUCCCGGGUUUAGGUUUUAUCCUAGUGAUGAGGAGUUGGUCUGCCAUUAUCUUUACAAAAAGAUCACAAACGAGGAAGUUUUGAAGGGUACUUUGAUGGAAAUCGACUUGCAUACAUGUGAGCCAUGGCAGCUUCCUGAGGUGGCCAAGCUGAAUGCAAGCGAGUGGUACUUCUUCAGCUUCAGGGACCGCAAAUACGCCACAGGCUUCCGGACCAAUCGGGCAACAACAUCUGGAUACUGGAAAGCCACGGGGAAGGAUCGUACGGUGGUGGAUCCAGUGACACGCGAGAUCGUAGGGAUGAGAAAGACUUUGGUGUUCUAUCGGAACAGAGCUCCCAAUGGGAUCAAAACUGGUUGGAUCAUGCAUGAGUUUCGGUUGGAGACCCCACAUAUGCCUCCCAAGGAGGACUGGGUUUUGUGCAGAGUGUUUCACAAAAGCAAGGGUAUGAUGAUGCCAAACUCGGAGAACAGCACGUUUGAGAGCACUAGAGCUUGUGAUUCACCUCCUCCAACUAACCAAACCAUGCCUUGUGUGUAUAACCAAAUGAUGAUCACCUCCUUUGCCUCAACCCCAUCUCACCAAAACCAAAGCCAAAACCACAGCAAUUCCCUGCUAAAUCUCCUUCAGUUUUCUCAGGAAAUUACAAGUACCAACGAUCAAAUCAUCUCCUCCAAAGGUACUGAUCAUGAUGAAUAUGGGUUCUUAUGGGACAUGAGUUUGGAAGCAAAUAGUUUGGAAAACGGGGCGCCAGCUUCCAACUUGGAGGAGAUGAGAUUUGAGAUUGACAACAGCAUGGUUUUCCUAUGAAAUAUUACAUAUAUAUAUAUAUAUAUAUAAAUAUAUUUGUAUACUUUAUAUAUACAUAUUAAAUUAAACACAUGCCCGGUCGAAUUUGUUUAUUUGUAAUGUAUAUGUUGUGUUUGGCUUUGAGGGACAACUUAUGCUUGAUUGCAUAUAUUAGAAGGUUUGUGCGUAGUGUAUUAUUUAUUUUUUAUUUUGUAUACAGCAUUAAUGGGGAUUUGUAUAAAAUUAAUUA